AUGUGGUGCGGCAUACCCAUGGAAGCGGCUGCCUUGCCGGGAGAGGUGGCGCAUCUAUAUUCCCGUACAUGUCAAGGCGGCAUUUUGUUUCGUGUGGGCGAAGAUAUAUCAUCGCCUCCUCCUCAUCAAAUCUCCUCCUCAUUUCUCUGCAUAUGUACGUGCGUAUAUACAUGUGUGUGGUCAUCAUCGACGCAGGUGUGGCACAGUGAGCUGUACCCUCGCCUUUUGGGACCGGGCACUCUCUCUGUUGACUCCCUCGUCCCUUCCCCUCCCCCUCAUCUCUCCCCCGCCUUUCUCUGCCUCCCUUCUUCUCCGUGCAUCUGUGUGCGCGGAUGCAUCGCUUUGGCGUCGCACUCGCGUACACACACGCGCGCCGCACAUGCAUAUAUAUGCAUGUGCGCAUCAGUCACAUCUUCUGGCGUUUUGGGAAGACCGGCAGAGGCAAGGAUGGACCCGGCACUGGCGGUGAUGUCGCCUUUCCAGAAUGAGGCGAGGGGUAUUGACGGGAUGCUGGAGGACGCUGUGGAGGAGAUUACGCGGGCAUCGUCGAUCGGCGUAAGUAGCGGCAACAACCGAACUUCUGGCGCUGCCGACGGCGCCUCUGCCGGACCUCCUGCGUUGUCGGCUCUUCCCUUGACCCAGUGCAGCUUCUGUGCCCAGUCUACCACCACCCGCGCCGUCCCGAAGGACGGCAUGUACGUGUGCACCAACUGUUUAGCUGAGCAGGGAAGCCGGCCCCGUUUGUUCCCGCUCGGCACUUUCAAGUGUUGCCCCACCUCCACAGAGGCGAUGGACGGUGAUGUGGUGCGGUGCGCCGGUUGCUACCGCUGGUACCACGUGCACUGUGUAGGCAUCACGGAUAGCGUGCUGCGGAACUACGUGACUCUCUCCACCACCUCAUGGUACUGCCCAGAGCCGGCCUGCUGUGAUCGCGUGCUGCGAAGGUAUUUGAAGAGGUAG